CCUGAGAGAAGAUAGUCACAAGAGAGAAGACACACAGACAGAGAUAUUGAUAAAUCAGGGUGGAGGGACCAAAGGUUUAUCACUUUAAACUAACACAACCCAGAGACACAGGUGAGCUGAUAAGGCAGUCUAGCUCAGUUUGUGUCUGUGCUUUAGGGUAGUAGACCAUGUCAGUGUUUCAGAGACAAGGGCGCUUUUCGCACAUGGAACGUCUAGAGAGCUGUAUGUUCUAAAAACUGCAGAGAAGAGCGAGAAGAGCAAAUAUACUGAGAAUGCAGAGCAAGACUGCUUCCUGAUCACCUCACUUGUGUGGAAACAAAGAUAGACACCGAGCUGCCUAAAGGUCAACUGGACCCUUCAACUGAGUGACCUCCACUUCAGCCUAAAAGUGUUGAACUCACUGACGGUACACGCCAUUAAGUCCAAGAUGCCUCUGAAGACCACCUUAUACCUCAAAUCAGCCAGCAUGCGCUGGCCCCGCAAGCAGAAGCGCCGUGAGCUGCUAUCAGUCAACAUGAUUAGCCUACCCUUAGGUGACUUCCGCCACCUCUCCCACAUCGGAUUGGAUGCCCACGGGGAUGUCUUCGGCGACCUCGCAACCUUCCAGCGGACUGGUAGUCUCAUCCUCCACAGCUCUCAAAGCCACCAGGACCUCUACUCCAACAUCACCCCCAAUGAGACCCCCCCACCUCCACCCAAGCCCCCACGCCUCCUCAGGGCAGAAGAGAUGGAUUCACAUGCCGCCAAAGCCAGAACCCAUCCCCAGGCUUCCAGAAACCAGAGGUCCCUCUUCCUGCCUUUACUGGAUGUUGUGGAGGUAAUGGAGGAUGACAGGUUGCACCACAAAGAAGAGGUAAAGCAGGAGCAGGAAAAGGAGGAGGGAGGGUUAACGAUGGGGUCGGAUGGAUCCGAAUUGAACACGGCCCCCCAACAGGCUCCUUGUCCCCCAGUGGAGGUCCCUCCAGGGGUCGAUGAAGACUCGUCUUUUGUCCUGAACCUUGACUUGGGGCCGUCCAUACUAGAAGAUGUGCUGCAAGUGAUGAACAAGCUUCACCAGUGAGACUUUGGGAAGUGUGGCCCUCAUGUAAUAUAUUUUAUUCUAAGGGCCUUUCAAGAAACCCAACAUAUAUAGGGGAGAAAAACUAAAAGUUCCUUCCUUUCUAAUGGGGAUUGAAAGGGGUUAUGUCAUGGAUGGGAAAAUGGGCUAAACUAUUUUCAAUUGCCAGGAUGCUAAUUGGCACAUUUAUUUUUAAUUACUGUUGUUAGUUUGGCUA